GGACCCAGGAGAUGGUCUGGCUGAUCGCCAACGACCUCGACUACGAGGGCGCCAAAACGCCGAUUACGUCCCCCUUCAGGUGGAGUUUUAUGGAGUUCAAGGCCGUUCUGGACAAAGGGCUGGUCGCCAUGCUCAGAGCUCAGGGCGUCAUCCCGAACGGCUCCGCAGCUGCCAGCGAUCCAAACCGACCCUCACCGCGGUUCGUCAAGUCGCACCUGCCGUUUUCCCUCAACAACCCGCGCCUGUUGGAUGUCUGCAAGGUGGUCUACGUCGCCAGGAACCCCAAGGACGUCUGUGUCUCGCUCUACCACCAUAUGAGGCUGCUGCGUCUGCAUAACUUCACGGGGAGCCUGGAGCUGUUUAUGGAGUACUUCAUAGAAGGGAAUGUUGUCGAAAGCGGGACCAUCGAGCACGUGAUCGAGGCGUGGAACCUGCGUCACCACCCCAACCUCUGCUUCCUCUUCUACGAGGACAUGAAGAAGGACAUGAAGACGGAGAUCCGCAAGGUGGCCAAGUUCCUGGGGAAGGACUUCACCGACGAACAGGUGGACAAGCUGGCGGAGCAUCUACACUUCGACAACUUCAAGAACAACCCGUGGGUGAACUAUGAGUACAUGAAGGCGCUUGGUUUGAUGUACCCGGACCGAGGGAGCUUCAUCAGGAAGGGUAAGGUGGGUGACUGGAAGAACCACUUCACCCCCGAGAUGACGGAGAAGUUCGACAAGUGGGUGGAAGAAAAGUUGAAGGGAACUGACCUGGCUUUCGUAGAAGAUCUGGACCAACAGGAUUAGGGAAAGCAGUCUGUGGACGGCAUGGCACACACGGACUAAUGCUCAUGCAAUGUCCAUUGCCCAAGUGUAUACCUCU